GGACUUUUCUUCAGGUAAGGUAUGGACAAAAAGUUCACAGAACUUUUGUAAGCAAUAUAUCUCUGCAACCACUGAAGUAAACUUGACAAAUAAAUAGUCAUUUUAAACAGCAUUUAAAACUGUACUUAUGGUAUAAAAAUAAAGGUGAUUGCUCAAGAAAUAAGAAAGAUAUGCAUGUAAGAAUAUUAUACACCUUUUUUUAGGAAAACUUUUUACACUUCUUGCAAAAAUCUUUGCAUUACAUAUUUAGUCAGUUUUCGAUCAUGUAUAAUUCAUUCGAGAGAAUCAAAAAUACCCACAAGUGACAAGGUCACAUAGUCAGAACAGAAAGAAAAGAUAACGGUUACACAUUCUACACUAACAACAAAUUGAACUAUGCAUAAGAUAAGAAGAGAAAGAACUUAUUUGAAAAGAAAUGGCUCGUUGCUACCAAGCAACAACGAAAAGAUUGUUCUUACUUCCGGACAACUUGAAAAUUUAAUUACCCGCGUACGUAUUAACCAAAUGGAAGAAGAUGGAUUUUCUCGGAAACAAAUUGAAAAAAGAUUAAAUUGUAAUCAUAAUACUAUAAUCAAAUGGGGAAAAAUUUUAGUUACUGAUUCAAAAGUUUUUUUAUUAUCUGAUGGUCGUAAUCCAAAACAUCAUGGACGAUGGGUCUUCGACAGUGAAGAAUUAGAUUUAUGGGAGGUGGAUAAGUAUUCCAAGGGAUUACAUGUUUAUGGUGGUAUGACAAGUAAAGGAUUAUCACAAUUGGUUUUUAUCAAUGGUAUUAUUGAUUGA